GCGAGUUGCAGCCUUACAGUGUUGUUCGGAGCAGUGGCUGUUACAUGGGCUUUUCGACGUCAGGGUGUAAAGGUCUUUAAGGAAAUUAUCACAUGCCGUUACUGUACACUCGUCUGUGACCAGCGCGUGCUAUUUGUGAAUGUUAGUAUGAAUGGUAAGGCUGGGAGUGGAGCAGCGGGCGGUGUGCUGGCCUGUAUUGAGGGUCUGCCGCCGCUGCCCAAGAGCCUGAGCGGACUGCUCAACUCCAGCGGCGGCUCGUGGAGAGAGAUGGAGAGGAUGUAUGUGAAGAAGACCAUGAUUCAGGACGACUUGAGCCGAGGAAGGAAUAACACGGACAGUCUGCUGGCGAAUAAACCAGCAAACCUGGAUGCCGCCCUUGCUUUGCUCAGAAAAGAGAUGGUGGGUUUGCGGCAGCAGGACAUGUCUCUGCUCUGUCAGCUCUGGUCCCUUCACGAGUCCAUCCAGGAGUACAAGGGCAGCUGCCAGGACCUCUCCGCUGUGUCCAGUGCGGAUGGACCCUACGGGAUGGAGAACGGUUAUUUUGAUGAAGAUGAGGAAUAUUAUACCGAGUCCGGUAUGACGCCAGCCGAAACGCCAGAUGGAAACGAUACAUCUCCUAAAAACGGGACAUCCAAAGACAGCUGGAUACACGACUCGUUCCAUAUCACAAUCUAAAACGCUUGACUUUUUUUCUUUAAUGAAAACAAGCUGUGCCAUAAUUUAGUUUGCUGGCAUUUAGUUUUACAGCAGACUCCAUAGUAAAUAUAAUUGAGAAUUAUUAUUUAUUGUAUAAUAUACUACAUAGUAUUUUGUUUUCCUGAUUUAAUCAACAUUGGAAAUUUUAUACGUUUUUUUUUUUAAGUAAGGGGAGAAGCAUAUCAUUUCGUUAUGAGGUUUACAGUAAAUCAUGUUAAACUUGUGCUGAUGAAUUUAUAGACUUUCACCCCUCUGAAUUCAGAAAAGUCUUAUUUCUCGUUGAGCAAUCGCUCGCUGGGUGCUUGCAGAAGACAGGGUUUUGUUUUUACUGCAAAUAUGUAUUCCGAGUAUGCUGGAAAUGCUACCUAUUCUUUGCUGAAAUGUAAUCCAGGGUAUAACCAGCACAAAGAGCUUGAAACAGCAUCACCAAAACAAAACGCAAUGUCCCAGUGUACUCAUUGCAUUAUGUAUUGUGUAACUCAAUAUGAACAUACUGUAUCUAUAAGUAAGUAAAUCGAUAACCAGCUCCAUAACAUUUCCCUCCCACUUUAUGUAAACCUGUUCUAGAUCAUGUAUUGUAGAUGUUUUAUUUAUUUACUUACAGUAUAAUUGCUGCUAGAAUUCAGUCUUCCAUUGUGCUUGAACUUCUUCUCAGUGCGUAUCAUGCCUGUUUUUGCUCAAAUGUCAAGUGACUCACAUAAGGUUGCCUGUAUUCAUAAUGUGAGAUAAUAAACUUGGUUUUUGCAAGUACAAAUGGCCAUCAAAUCCACUAAAAAGAUUGUGUAUGCAAAUCAUAGCAUGCCAUAAUGUACGCAUUUUAUACAGUAUAACAUAUUUUCUUGAUGUGUUGGUGAAUUGAAUGCCUGGAUUUGCACCGUUAUGGAUCAUCAAAUACUGUGACCGAGAACUGAUAAUCAUCAGAGUGUUUCUACUACAAGAAUAUUAAUCUCAGCAGAGAGAGAAUCUCUUCUACCUCUUGUGUGUUUGAGCUCCGAAAUCUUUUUUUCUCACACUAGCAGAUCUUUUUUAAUUCCCAGCGUUUAUAGAAGUCCCGAUUCCAUUUUAACACUCUUUUACAAUUUAUAACCUUCUUAUUUGGUUCAAUUCUGAGAGCAAAACUAAAAAAAAAAAGAAAGAAGGGCUCUUGAUAUGCAACCAGCAAGGCUUUAAGGUGCUUUGACCAAAAUCAGCACUGAACUUCACACUUUGUGCCUUGACACAGCUUUGAAUCCAUGUGUUUUUGCCAUCUCUGGCCCUCUGUAAUCACACUAUUUCAUAUCUACAUCCAGCAUCUUCAUGCAUCCAUUUCAGUCCCUUAUUAACAGAAGAAAGUUCCACCCAGAAAAUGUCUCCUCUCCACCCAUCUCAUUAUCUUCUACCCUGCGGUGAUUUAUUGCUCUGAUCCUGCAUGGAAAUUCCCACUCCAGUUUCGUAAUUUGCAUAGAAGUCAGUAACAGCACUUUUUGGUCCGGUUGAUCUCUGUGGUUGGUUGUGAAAUGAUUUCUGCAGUUGUUUUGCAUACAAAGAUGCUAAAUUAUCUGGUUAGAUGGCGUUUGUGUGUUCGACUUGUUUUUGCUCAAUCUGUUCUUGAAUGUUUUUCAAAAUUGUCAAAUGUGUUUAAGCGCGAAACAGUGCAUUUAUGAGAUUUGAACUGAUUGAAUUGAUACAGGAAUGAUCCUUUUGUAUGUUUUAUUGUGUGUGUUAGCGAUGCAAAAUAAAUAUAAUGUACGGUC